UAUGAGAACAAGCAAAUAGUCAUGAACUGGUAUGUCUUCAAACCAGAUAUUUUGCUUUAAACCUUUAUUGUUAUAAUGCAAUAGUACAGCUGUCUGCACUGUGAUAUUACAGAAUUAAACUGAUCUCUUCGUUUGUAGGCUGUUCACUGCAAGUACUUACAGAGGGACAGAAAAAAUUAAGAGGUUGGAAUGCAAAGAUAAAGUUCUUGUAGUGCAGCCCAAGCCAUUACAGUUGGCAGAGUGAAUAAAGCUCAAUUUUAAACUAAGAUUAAAUCUUAAUUACAUUUGAAAUUAUGUUCCUUUGCAAUGGUUUCAUGUGCAUGUAUGUUCAUUGUUUACUUAAUAGUACUUGCCAAAAUGUAAUGUGCAUUCGUUUUCCUUUAACUAUAACCCAAAUACAUGUCUGCAGAUUAUAUUCAGUUCUGCUAGGUUAUUUAUUGGAAUUAAUUUUUACUUUUUGCAGGAGUAAUGAAAAAUAUAUAUAUAAUACUAGUUGUGUUCUGUGAUUUAUGUCAAAAUUAAUACUGAACAUACUGUAUUAUUAAAAUAACACUUUUGGAAAUUUUGUAAAAACAACUCUGAAUUGUUUCUAGAAAGAGAUAAAUAUGCUAGUAGUUGUUUUGUGUACUUAUAAGAUAUUCAUGAUAUCCAGCACACUUGAUGUAUGGAGACAGUUUGAUUUCUUCAAUUUAACCUUUUAAUUUUGGAAUGGGCAUUAAAUUUUGGGCAAAUGCAGUAUGUAAAAUGACAAUAAAGAGAUAUGUAUUGUCUGAAAUGAGUUUUUUCAUGCUUGUUGAUUUCACAGAACUGAACAAAUAUUAUCUUCAUUUUGAUUAUUAUUAUUUGUGAAUAUUUUGUUAAAAAAGUAAUUUAUUCACACUGCCAUCAGUGUUCUACAAUAAAAUAUAUUUUCAUUUGAAUUGUUUCUCAAUGUUAACCUUCCAGGAAUUUUCUGAUCUGUAGAUAUAAUCCAUUGGGGAGACAUGAGGUGUGGUGGGUAGAUAGAUAAAAGUUCCUGUGACAGAUAAGCAUGAACUUUAUCAAGGCAGAGAUAAGGGGCAUUUAGUACUGGUUAUGUCUUUCUUCCUACACAGGUCAACCAGAAUAGGUGAUAUGAACUGAAGUACUACAAGAUUCAUGAUGCAUUUGACUGGCGUCCUUCUGUUACUCCUAGUGUGCUCAAUGGUGACAAACGCAGAUUCUGUGUGUAACCAUUGCAUGUGUUUCCAAACAACAGUGAAUUGCACUGCACGCAAUCUCCAACGCCACUUCAAUGAUUCAGAUUGGCCCAGUAACAUGGCUGUUACUGAUAUGAUGUUUGACAACAACCAGGUGGUCCAUGUGACACAAUAUCCAGCGUUGUCAGUGCUUCGCCUGUCACUUAGUCACAAUAAAAUUGUUCGGAUUGACAAAGCGGCUUUCUUAAAUCUCCAGAAUCUGACAGAACUUGAUUUGAGUCACAACCUUAUAACUUCAGAUAAUCUAUUUGCAGAUGUGUUCCAGGGAAUGUUUUCUGAAAUAGAAUACCAACCACUUACUAACUUGCAUACUUUGAGACUUGGCAGCAAUGCUAUCCACACACUGAAGUCAGAUCUGUUUGAGCACACAGCAAACUUGAGGACUCUUACUCUGGACUCGAACCCCUUCCAUGUUAUAGACCAAGAGACAAUAAUGGCUCUUAGCAGUUUGACAUUCCUUGAGGUUUUGGACCUCUCUUAUACAGGGCUGAAGGACCUUCCUGAAUAUUUACUGCAUACCCCAAAAUACCUGAAGGUCCUUAAUUUGACAGGAAACCUGAUGACUAAAGUGCCAGCUGCACUUGAGCACAGUCAUGCCCUAGAAGUGCUUCACUUUUGCGAGAACCCAGUUGUUGUGCUCGACCAUUCCAGUUUUAAGUCAGAGAUGCUUUAUCUGCGUGAGCUGCACAUGUCAAACAUGGAGAGCCUGAUCUUCAUAGCGUCUGGAGCUAUGUCAAAGCUUACAUCCCUUCAGGAACUGUACCUCAGUCACAACCCUCGCCUGUCAUCCAUCGAUCCUGAUGCCUUCACUUUACGCAGGGAAGGUGAAGAGUCAGAGACAUGGCCACCCAUCAUAAAGUUGGACCUGGGUCACAACAACUUGGGGACCAUAGACAGGCAUUUAUUGGGGCAUUGGGACAUACUGCAGUAUCUCAUCCUAGCUGGAAAUCCUUGGAUAUGUGACUGUGAAAACCAAUGGAUGGUCAGUACAUUGCUGCCAUCAGUUGAGAACAUUAUCCAAAAUCAGAUGAACAGUUUGGAGUGUGUGGAGCCAGAGGAAAUGAGAGGCAGGAAGCUUCAUGAGCUGGAAGUCCUUAACUACCACAUGCGAUGUCUGGAUUCUGCUGGGAACCACCCUGAGAAAGAUGCAAAGCUACUUAUUGGGAUUCUGGUAGGAGUACUACUUGCCGUGCCUAUUACCAUGGCAGCUAUACUGGUCUUCCGUAACAGUCGCUUUGGGUCACGCUUCUUCUCCCGUGGACCUGCUGACUACUCACGGGCAUUCUACAGCCGUGCAGACUCUGGAGAAAAUUGAGUGAUGUAAUUAAGAGUUUAAGUUCUAAGUAUUUUGUUAAACUUGAAACAGAUCACACAUAAAUCAUAACUAUACAAAUUAAUCCAUUUAAUUACCUCCUGACCCAAGUCAGACUAUAACCUAAGGUUUUACUCUACUGUUUUAUUAAAAACUAUUUGUUUUUGUA